UUCCUUGUAAGACCCCACUCCACAGUUAGUUCACAAGAGCCAGCGCCGUUCAGCGUUGAGCUGCCCACUCCCACGGCCGCUGCGCCUGGCACAGGAUGUCUUCGGAGCCGGCGUCGGGCGUCGACUUCAGUAGGAGAGGCCUGAAGAAGCAGUGUUCAUUCAGCAUCGAGAACAUCCUCUCCAGCCCAGCAGAAAAAAGCCCUCAGGUCCUGGUCCCACUGUGCCUUCAGGGGCUCUUGGACUGUGCACCCAAGGGGCUGUGUGAACUGGAGGCCGUCGCAGCCAGCUCCCUGCCGGACGAGGAGGAGGAGGAGGAAGAGCUGGAACGUGCAGGUUGCAACUGCUGCUGCUGUUCUCACACGAGCGCCCAUUCCCUGCAGGACUCACCGAGUUGGCUGGACGCCAGGUUCCCCUGGCCCAUGCGGCUGUUUCACUCUGCGGUCAGGGCCUGUAAGAGUCCCCAGGGGAGCCCGAGCGAGCUGCAGACCUUCCACCAGAUCCAGAGACGGACACGCCGGCAUCGCACCAUAUUCACUGAGGACCAGCUGCAGGCCCUGGAAACGCUUUUCCAUCAGAAUCAGUACCCAGACGUCAUCACCAGAGAGCACUUAGCGAACCGCAUUCACUUGAAGGAGGAGAGGGUGGAGGUUUGGUUUAAAAAUCGACGAGCCAAGUGGCGGCAUCAGAAGAGGGCAUCUGCUUCAGCUCUCAUCCUUCAAGGCACCAAGAAAUCCCCUGAGGAGAACUGUUAGUGGUGUUAGGCUGCAUCUCAGCGGGUGAACACCAAGAGCAUCGCUUUCCCUUAGCCAUCAGAUUCUGCAGUGGGGUAGCUUGAGGGGAAGUAAUGAAGCAAAAGGGAAUCGUCACGAUUCUAAGAGGGGGAGGGCAGGUAAAAGCAGACAGUGUACUUUCAAGCCUUAGUUCUUCCAAACGUAGUUCAUGCGGCAAAUAAAUCCUGAGGCAUGAGCCUCAGAUGCUUAAGCAGAAGCAGCUGCCAAAAGACAGUGCAGGGGCAGAGCUGCAUCAGUGUUAAAUAUGUGUGCUUCAAGAGAACGGGGGAUUUCCCCCAGCUUCUUUGCUCUGUGCAGGUAGCAUUUGUGCUUGUUUUGCUACUAUAGAUUUACAAAAUAUUCAGCAAAUGUAUGUUCACGAUUUGCAGCACCACGUGGCAUGGAGAGCUGCCACUGGGGUCGAUGUGGAAGCUCACUGACCGGGUGAUUUGCUCCUUGAGCAAACAAACACGGAUUUCUCCCUUACGGCCUGAGGGGAGAACAAGUAACUCUUGCCGAGAGCAGGAGUUCGGCUCGCCUCCUCGG